AUGUCCAAUCAACAAGGCAGUAUCACCCACCAGACCGCACUAUCCCUGACCGCGCAGGCUGGGGGUCUAGAGAAUGCGGCCGGUCAAAUUGAAAGACUCAGACAAAGAGCAGAAGCAGCUGGACUAGAUCCUGAUGAGCAUGUCAAUACGAGUCAAGGUUAUGUUGCUGUUUCCAGUCAGCUGGCUGAGGUGUUACAAGCGUCUAGUCAAUCUCAAGCGAACAGCAAUCAAUGA